CACUCUCUCUCUCUCUCCAUCACAACACAGAGAUAUGGAUUCGAAAACAACUCCAGUGAAACCCAAAGCUUCGGAUUCUCCUUCGAUCUCGAAGGUUAGGGUCGUCGUUAGGGUUCGUCCGUUUCUUCCCCCAGAGAUCUCCGACGUCCGAUCGUGUGUUUCCGGAAUCGACGGCGAUGGUAGAGAUUCCAGCGACGUGGCGGUUUACCUCAAAGAUCCCGAUAGCUGUCGCAACGAAUGCUAUCAGCUGGAUGCGUUUUACGGGGAUGGUGAUGAUGAGAACGUGAAGCAGAUCUUUGAUAGAGAAGUAUACUCUUUGAUUCCUGGCCUUUUCCAUGGUUUCAACGCUACUGUGCUUGCUUAUGGUGCCACUGGAAGCGGUAAAACGUUUACGAUGCAGGGAACUGAUGAUCUGCCUGGACUGAUGCAACUGACCAUGUCCACCAUUCUUUCUCUAUGUGAGAAGACAGGAAGUAGAGCAAGCAUUUCAUAUUAUGAAGUUUACAUGGAUAAAUGUUGGGAUCUCCUUGAAGUCAAAGACAACGAGAUUUCUGUUUGGGACGAUAAGGAUGGACAAGUUCAUCUUAAGGGACUCUCUAGUAUCCCAGUAGGCUCCAUGUCUGAGUUUCACCAGGUGUACUCAUGUGGCCUUCAGCGGAGGAAAGUUGCGCACACUGGUUUAAAUGAUGUCUCUAGUAGAAGCCAUGGAGUGCUUGUCAUCUCAGUAAUCUCAGAAGGGGCUGUCACUGGGAAAAUCAAUCUGAUUGAUCUGGCUGGUAGCGAAGACAAUAGAAGGACAGGAAAUGAAGGAAUCCGUCUAGAAGAGAGUGCCAAGAUUAACCAGUCACUAUUUUCAUUGUCCAAUGUGGUUUAUGCACUGAAUAAUAACCUCCCAAGAGUGCCUUACAGGGAGAGCAAGCUGACUAGAAUAUUGCAGGAUUCACUUGGAGGAACAAGUAGAGCUCUCAUGGUCGCAUGUCUGAAUCCGGGAGAAUACCAAGAAUCUGUUCGUACUGUUAGCUUGGCUGCAAGGUCAAGGCACAUCUCGAACAAUGUAUCUUUGAAUCCCAAGGUAGAGACCCCCAAGGUUAAAAUUGAUAUGGAAGCAAAACUGCAAGCUUGGCUGGAAUCCAAAGGGAAGACGAAAAGCGGCCAUAGAAUGAUGGCAAUACGUUCUCCACUGAUUGGUACAAAUCAACCUUCAUUUUCUCAAAGCUCAGUCAAGAAACUGGACUGUCAUAAAUCAUCCAUUGCAAAAAGUGCUAAACUUACUGGCACAGGACAGAGGGACACAUUUGUGGCUGCCAGGAACUUAUUUGGUGGGGAAACUCUUGCUGCUUCACAUUUAUGCGAACCAAUUCAGAAUCUGCACAUAGCUUCUCCAUCCAAAGAAGAUGAAAGAGACGCAUCUGGCGAGGAGCGUCUGCUGGUAUCUGAACUCAGUCCUGUUCGAGAAGCUUUAUCUCCGAUAACCUCAAAUGCGAAUGGGUUCUCUACCAUUCUCAAGCCAAUGACCCCUAAAACACCUAUGAUUUCUGCAAACGCUGAGAAUAUGCAGAUGAGUGGCACAUGCCAGAAGUUCAAUGCUUGGAGCACUAAUGUGAAGACUUCUCUUCUAAGAGAGUAUAUUCACUUCUUGAAUACAGCAAACAGAGAAGAGCUAAUGGAGUUGAAGGGAAUUGGACAGAAGAUGGCUGAGUACAUCGUUGAACUCAGAGAAACAAGUCCUCUAAAAUCGCUUGCUGACUUGGAAAAGCUCGGUUUCACCUCAAGACAAGUACAUAACUUGUUCAAAAGAGCCACACAAGGGAUUCUUGAGAAGCCAGUUUCUGCUACAACAACACCUUAG